AUGAGGGAAGAUACAACAAUUGAAGGAGCUUUGGCAAUCAAGCACCAAAAUGUGGCCAAAAGUAAAAGAAAGAAGAAAAAGGAUUUUGAAGGAAAUGGGGCAAGUACUGCAUCAGCCAAUGCAAAAGAAAAGAAUGAAAAUCAGAAGAAAUCCUAUUCACCUUGCCAACAUUGUGGAAAGAAGGGUUAUCCUCCAUUUAGAUGGCAUGAAGCUGUUAUCUGCAAAAACAAAAUUUUGCAACAUGGUGAAGAUGCAAAGAUUGCUGAUCAAGAGGAGAAAGAUCACCUGUUUGCAGCUAUAUAUUUCUCCGGUAUCGAAUCAAGUGAGAGUUGGCUUAUAGAUAGUGGUUGUACUAACCACAUGACACAUGACAAGGAUCUAUUCAAGGAACUAAGCAACGCAAACUCAUCGAAAGUUCUAGUUGGUAAUAAUAAGUACAUAACUGUGAAAGGAAAAGGAACAGUUGCAAUUUUAACUUGUUCAAGUACAAAGUUCAUUUCUGAUGUAUUAUAUGUCUCUGAAAUUGAUCAAAACUUGUUAAGUGUUGGACAACUAAUUGAAAAGGGUUAUAAAGUUGUGUUCGAAGAUAAAAGUUGCUUGAUUAAAGAUGCAGUUGGCCAAGAUAUUUUCAAAGUAAAAAUAAAAGGGAAAAGCUUUGCUUUAAAUCUAUUGGAGAAGGAGCAAACUGCUUUCCCAAUCAAAGAAAAUAUCACUGAAGUAUGGCACAAGAGGCUCGGGCACUAUCAUCAUCAGGGGCUGCUGCAGAUGAAAUCCAAGAAUAUGGCCCACAAAGAACGCCUUCUCUGA